AUGACUGUCGAGGAGUUUACAAAGGCUAAAUCACAAAACAAAUCGAUAGCCUCAUAUGCAACUCACUGCACUUUCCAUAAAGACAAACUCAUUGAACUUUACUGUGAGAAAUGCCAAGUACCAAUCUGUCAUUUAUGUUUGAGGUCAAAUCACAAAGGUCAUGCAGUGAUCGACUUGCAUGGGGCAGCAGAUCGAUUAAGUAAUAUGGUAGAAGAUUACAUUAAACUUUUGAAAGCAAAACAAAGUAAGGCAAGACAAAGUAAAGUAAGUGCCACAAAACAUUCCGAACAAUUAGCAAAACAAUAUUUGCAACAAAAGCAUCAGAUUCAAAAGCACUCACAGGAAACUAUUGAGAAAUUAACAAAAAUAAUAAAACAAGAAGAAAGAAAUCACUUGAGCAAAUUAAAAACUGAUUAUGAAAAAAUGAACGAAAAGAUCAAGAGGGAAAUGCGCCAGUAUAAAACAACUGAGGAACUACUGACAAGUACAAUAACGUUUAUAAACAAUUUAUUACAAUAUAGCAGUGCUGCACAGCUGAUGAAAACUAGUAAAGAAACAACAAAUCAACUGGAAACUAUGAUGUCACUUGAUACAACAUGGAAUGGUGACAAUAAAUCACUUCCACAGUUUUAUCCUGAUGACAUCACACUGCAAGGCGUACUGGGAACUUUUCAGACUAUCGAUGUUGAUUCUGCCGCGCAUUUGAUGAAAUUGGAGAAAACCAUGGGGGGACAAGGCACGGAACAGGAGAUGUUUGAUGUACCACUUGGAGUGAGCAUCAAUACAUGUGGUGAUAUUGUGGUGGCUGAUAGUAAGAAUGAGAGAGUUCAGGUUAUAGAUAACUAUGGCAGACCAAAGUCACAGUUACAAUUUACAGAAUAUAGUAAACCAGUCAUUCCAAUAGAUGUAGCAGUAUCAGUAGAUAAUACAUACUUCAUUACAGAUGGAACAUGGGAGGGCAAUAGAGGAAAUAGUCAAGUGAUUGUUUGUAAUCAAUAUGGGAAGGUUAUACAGUGUUUUGGAAAGACACAAUUACAUAAUCCACGUGGAAUUGCUAUCAACCAUAAUAAUGGUGUUAUAUAUGUGGUUGAUAAUGGUGCACAUUGUAUCAAGCUAUAUAAAAUAGAAGAUUAUAGUUAUAUUAAGUCACUUGGUAGUUGGGGUCAAGGGCCAUGCCAGUUUAUAUAUCCUCAGUUUAUAACUACUAAUAGUGAGGGUUGUUUAAUAGUUUCGGAUGGAAGAUAUGGUCGUAUUCAGGUUCUUACAUCUGAUGGUGUAUUUAUGUUUGCAUUUAGUUGCUGCUCCAACACGUUUGACUGGCCUCGAGGAAUUACUACUGAUAAGAAUGAUAAUAUUUAUGUAAAUGAUGGCAAACAUAGAGUGCAGAUGUUUAACAGUAAAGGUGAAUUUAUAACCAAUAUUGCUAGUGGUAGUGAUGUAUUAAAUAGCCCUAGGGGUAUAGCAAUUACUGAUGAUGGAAAAGUUGUGGUCACUGAUUGUACAAAUAGUGUUAAAAUAUUUUCAUAA